AUGGCCUCUGCCUCAAACCAAAGACCCGGCUCCUGGCCAACCAAAGGAUCCACGUCAUCUGACCAUUCCUCAAACCAAGACGGCCACAGCAUCAUCAACCUCGACAAUCUCUCGAAACCCACUCAUCAGGAGACAGCCCGCUCAUCCGCUUUGUCAACGUCAAAAUCCACCUUCCUCCACCUCUUCACCUUCACCCCACGCCAGCACAUCCCCCUCCUCCUCCUCUCUCUAACCACCUCCGCCCUCGUCGCCGCAGGCCGCACAGCCUACGCCGUGUUCCUAGGCAAGUUCUUCCAAGUCGUCACGUCUUUCGGGGCCGGCACAUUGUCUAGCGAUGAGUUUCUAGGGGAGAUUGGGCAGUGGUCGGUGUGGAUGUGUGUGCUAGGAGUGGGGAUGUGGGUGGCUUCGACGGUGGAUGUGAUGUGUUGGGUGACUGGCGGGGAAAUGAGGGCACGGGAGGUUAGGGAGAGGGUGUUUGCGGCGGUGUUGGGGAUGAGGAUGGGGUGUUUGGAGGGACGGGAGGAGGGGGUGGGGGGGUUGGCGGCUGGUGUUGCUGCCCAAACCCACGACCUGCAAACAGCCACCUCCCAAACCCUUGGCCACCUCACCACCGACGUCUUCAUCUUCCUCGCCUGUCUCUCCGUCGCCUUCGCUUACUCCUACAAACUCACCCUCGUCAUGCUCUCCACAGCCAUCCCCUCCGCCCUCAUCCUCUACACCCUCGCCCGCCUCCUCGACCCGGCCAUCGCCGCCCAAAAGCGCGAACUCGCCCAGGCCGCGAAACAAGUCACCGCCGCGACGACCGCCAUCGACCUCGUCAAAGUAUACAACGCCGCCGACUACGAAACCUUCCAGUUCAACGCGGCCAUCCGCCGCUCCGCGCGCCACUACCUGCGACAGGUCCUCUGCAACUGUGCACAGAUGGGGUAUGUGAAGCUGUGGAUGGUGAUGUUGUUUGUGUUGGGGUUUUAUUUUGCCGUGUUUCUGGUUCGCGCUGGGGAGAUGACAGCGGGGGAUGGGUUGACGACGUUCUAUGCAGCGUUGAAUGCGUUUCAGGCGGUGGGGGGGUUUGGGCCGCAUUGGUUGGUUAUUGCGAAGGGGAUGGCGGCGGGGAGGUGGUUAAGGGGGUUGGCUAGGGAGGGGGAAGAGGGGGAGCAGAGGAUGGGGGGGUGGGUUAGGCCGGAGGGGUGUAGGGGGGAGGUUGUGAUGCGUGAUAUCAGCUUCACCUACCCCUCCAACCCCCCCAACAAACCCACCAUCCACCCAUCCACCUUCCACUUCCCCCCCGGCCGUCCCACCUUCAUAGUCGGCGCCAGCGGCUCGGGCAAAAGCACCCUCGGCAACCUCCUCAUCCGCCUCCACGACCCCCGUAGCGGCCUUAUCACCCUCGACGAUCGUCCCCUCACCUCCCUCGACCUGACCUGGCUGCGCCAAAACGUCACUCUCAUCCAACAAUCCAGCUCCCUCUUCGACGCCACUUUCUUCGACAACAUCGCUCUCGGCGCUCUCGACCCGGACACCGUCUCUGCGGCGUCGGUUCACGAAGCAGCUAGCAUGGCCCUGCUUCAAUCAACCAUCGCCAGCCUCCCCGAUGGCAUCCACACCCACCUCACCUCCUCCGGCUCUUCGGGGGGCCAUAACCUCAGCGGCGGCCAAAAACAGCGCCUAGCCCUCGCGCGUGCACGGUUACGAGAUCCACCAGUGUUAAUACUAGACGAAAUCACGAGUGCGCUAGACCCGGUGAGCAGUGCACUGGUGAUGGAGGCCAUUCGGCUUUGGAGACGGGGCAAGACGACGAUUGUUGUGACGCAUGAUGUUGGGGGGAUUGAGGAGGGGGAGUAUAUUUAUGUGAUGAAGGAGGGGAGGGUGGUGCAGGAGGGGGAGAGGGGGGUGGUUGCGCAGGAGGUUGGGGGGGUGUUUAGGGUUUUGGAGAGUGGGGGGAAUGAUGGGAAAAGCCGGGUUGAGUGGGGGUCCGAUUCUGAGGUGGAAGAGGAUGUCGAUGGGGAUUGCUAUGUCGAUCCGGUUGAGGAAGCGCAGUACGGCCAGUUCCUGCGCGGCAGUCUGGUCAACAACAGAAGUGUGUCUGUCGGGCUCCUCGGGCGGUUCUCGUUCAUGGCCGAACCCAACAUCAUGGCCACGCCACUGGGACGGUCUGCAUCGUACCGGGACCGGCGUGUUUCCACAUCCGUUGAGGGCAAACCAGUUCCCCGACGGUCGAGUCGGGUGCCCAGUAUCCAAGUGAUUGCCCAGCGCGGACUGGACGUGCAGCGGAGUAGGACUCCCAACGCACGCCAGGCGCUGCGGCAGAAGGGUAUGGACGUGGAGAGCCAGGUUGCGAUGGAGUCGUUGGAGAACUUCUUUCUCGAGCGUCCGGCUAAGGCCAACAAGAACAGCACCAAAACCAAGACGACCAAGAGCCCGACAGAACAACUCCCCUCCCUCCUCACCAUCCUCCGCACCGUCUGGCCCACCCUCGACGCAACCGGCCGCCUGCAAUUCACCCUCGGCCUGCUCUCCUGCCUCCUCAUGGCCCUCAGCACGCCCGUCUUUUCCUACUUUUUCGCCAACCUCCUCAACCAAUUCUGGGCCCCCCCUACCGGAUCUUCCCAGGCCCAAACAUCCAAAUACGCCGCCAUCCUCUCCACCAUCGCCCUCAUCGACGCAACCUCCACCUUUUCCGCCUACUACCUCCUCUCCCUCACCGCCCAACAAUGGACCAACACCCUCCGCGCCGAAGCCCUCUCCCGCAUUCUAAGUCAGCCCAAGUCCUGGUUCUCCUCCAGCAAUCACUCCCCGGCGCGCAUCACUCAAUGUCUCAACCACAACGCAGAAGAGAUGCGCAAACUCGUCUGUCUCUUCCUCCCCAUUGUGCUGGUCGUCAUAACAAUGAUUAUCUCAGCCCUGGCCUGGGCGCUACUCAUCCGCUGGGAUCUAACCCUCGUCACGCUCGCCGGUGUGCCCGUAGCAUUCGCCGCGGCAAGGCUGAACGCGCGCGUGAGUGAGACAUGGGAGGGGAAGUGUGAAGAUGCCGUAUCUACAGGCACGGGAGCUGUGAUGGGGGAAGUGCUGGGGAAUAUGGGCGUUAUCAGGGCGUUGACGCUCGAAUCCCACUUUCGGGGGAAACAUGCUGCUGCGGCGAAGGCGACGCUGCGCGUGGGGUUGAAGAGGGCCGGGCGGGUGGGCGUCUUCUACGGUCUGCACCAAUCUGUCUCCUUCUUCGUGGCCGCGCUGGUGUUUUGGUAUGGCGCGCGGAUUCUGAGUCAGGGGCUAGUCAGCGUCGUCGACGUCGUCCGGGUCAUGAAUCUGCUUCUUUUUUCUCUGGGGACAUCGGUCGGCAUGCUAGGCAACAUCCCGCAGAUCGCCGCAGCCAAGACGAUGGCCGUGCAGAUGCUGUAUUUCGCUAACUUAUCCUACACCGCGAGCCACGAGGCAAAAGGGGGGAAGAGGUUGGCUACGCCGUUGCCGGUGCGAAUGAGCAACUUGCGGUUCGCUUACCCGGGGACGCCGGGGACGCCGCAGAGGCAGGUACUGAGGAAUGUGAACCUGCAAGUUCGCGCGGGGGAGUGUACAGCCAUUGUGGGCGCGUCAGGGUGUGGCAAGUCGACGAUUGCGAGUCUGCUACUAAGACUCUACGAUCCUUUACCAGCGGACACCACAGCCAACCCUAACCCUUUCUUCUCUUCUCCCCCUGACAACAACCACAACAACAAGGACAAAAACAACAACUCGAUCUCCCCCAUUGCAGAACAUCCCACAACCGACCACCCCCUAACCUACGCCUCCCACCCCCCCUCCUUCCUCCACACCCCCUCCCUCCGCAGCCAUAUAGCCUACGUCCCGCAAACCCCCUUCCUUUUUCCGACUACCAUCCGGCAAAACAUCCUCUACGGCCUGCCGGAAACCGACCAGCUAUACCAUGACGAAGCUAAUUUGCAUUGGGCGGCGAGGAUGGCGGGGAUUCAUGAGUUUGUGAUUGGGUUGGAGGGGGGGUAUGAUACUAUUUUGGGCGGAAGUACCCCCCCCUCUCAUUCUGGGGAAGGCGGGGGUAGAGGAGGAGCAGUAGCCAACGUAUCAGGGGGCCAAGCCCAGAGGAUCUGUAUCGCACGAGCGCUGGUGAGGAGGCCAAAGUUGCUGGUUAUGGAUGAACCGACUAGUGCGUUGGAUGGGGAGAGUGCGAGGGGAGUUAGGGGGGUUUUGAGAGGGCUUGUGGACCCAGUAGUGGUGAUUACACACAGCAAAGAGAUGAUGCGGUUAGCAGAUCGGGUGGUGAUGGUGGAGGACGGGGUGGUGGUGGAAGAGGGGGGGUAUGAGGAGUUGGUUGGGAGGGUUGGGGGGAAGUUUGCGGGGUUGGUUGGGGGUGGAGUUUGGGAGGGGGGUGAGAGAGAGAAGAGAGAUGGGAAGGGGAAGGGGAAAGGGAAAGAGAGGAAGGGGGUGGAGGGUCGGAGGGAGGAUGCGUUGAGGAGAUUGGAGGGUGGGGGGGUUGUUUGA